GAUAUGCUACCAACUUGAAUAUAAAAGCACCCAUAACCAAUCCAUUUCAUUAUCCAAAUACACUUAACAAAGUGAACUACCACAACAGCAGCAUGGCUCUUCAGUUAGUAAUUCUCGCCGUUUUGUGUGCUGCCGUAAAUGCCGGAAUUAUUGCGGCACCAGCCGUAAGCUAUCAUGGGUAUUCCGCGCCGUUAGCAGCACCUCUAGCUUAUUCCGCCCCAUAUGCACGAGCCGCCCCCAUAGCUUACGCCGCACCAGCCAUCGCCAAAGUGGCUGCACCAGUAGCCUACGCAGCGCCAUUAGCUAAAGCCGUAGUAGCUGAAGAAUACGAUCCCAACCCCCAAUACUCCUACGCUUAUGACAUCCAAGACCAUCUUACUGGAGACAGCAAAAGCCAACACGAAUCUAGAAAUGGAGAUUACGUUGAAGGAAGCUACUCCGUCGCCGAAUCUGAUGGUACCCUAAGAAUCGUCGAUUACACCGCCGAUCCUGUCAACGGUUUCAAUGCGGUUGUACGCAAGGAACCCUUAGUCGCCAAAGUAGCCGCCGCACCUGUCGCUGUCGCCGCCCCAUUUGCCAAGUUGGCUGCCGCACCAAUUGCGAUUGCGAAAUAUCACUAAUUUUGAAUGUUAUUGUUUUACUUGUUUAUUUUUAAUUUGUACAUAAAUAUAAAA